AAGAUAAUUAAAUUUAUAGCGCUUUUACACAGAUUUUAGACUAUUAAUUGAACUGUAAACUCAUUAAUUAUUCAUCUAGGAAGCUGACGUGUUGAACAGGACUGACUAACAGCGUUCAGAUUAUAAAUAUAACCCGUAUAUUAGUAAAUAAACUGAAAAUUCUUGGGUUGUGGACAAAACAAAACAUUUGAGGACGACUUCUCAAGCGUUGGUUGAAAAAAUGUCUGUUUUUCCGAAGAUUUCUCUGAAGCCUGAAGUCACUGAUUAUCUCAGGAGCGUCUUCUUAAAUAAGGAGGUGUUGGAUGCAGUCGGCCAUCAGGAGGCAGAAUGUCGUUUCCAGAAGCUGCUCACGUGUCUGUCUCACCCUCCGUCAUACACGUGUGUUCGAGCCAGCACUCACCUCGCUCCUCUGGACGAGAUCAGACACAAGUUAGGAGAUGAGCUGAAGAAGCAGCAGAUGUGCAGCUCGUCAGAGGACAUCUCCGUUCAGAUUCUCCCUCACCCACGAAUUCCAGAUGUGCUGCUCCUUCCUGUCGAUGGCCCGAGGCCUGUGGAGCAGCUGGGCUCAGAGGUGGUGGUCGGGGCUCAGUGUGGCAGCGCCGUGCUGAGAGGAGCUCAUGUGUUUGUCCCGGGAAUCGUCGCCAGCCCCAAGUACAUGAAGGCUGGAGACGUGGUGUCGGUCCUCUCUGAUGUGGAGGGUCGGUGCACUCGAGCAGCCACAAACUUCCAGGGAAAGAAAGUGUUUGUGGGAAACGGAGUCGCUCAUACAGACCGCUCCAGCAUCUUCUGCACAGAUGAACCUGCCAAGGGGAUAGGUGUUCGGAUGGUGGAGCCUAUUUACCAGAGUCCUUCCUUUGAUGGUGUUCUACCAAGCCUGACAUUUCUACAGAACCUUCCCUCUGUCGUUGUGGGACACGUUCUCGGGCCUCUUCCCGGAGAACGGAUCCUGGAUAUGUGCGCCGCGCCCGGAGGGAAGACCUGCCACAUCGCUGCACUCAUGAGGGAUCAGGGCGAGGUCGUGGCCUUGGACAGGAUCCGAAAUAAGAUCGAUCAAAUUCGCCAAAAUGCCCAAAUGUUGCAUUUGCGUUCAAUCAAAGCUUUUUGCUUUAACAGCACUAAAGCUGUGAGCAGCGAGCCGGCACAGGAAGCUGAAGGACCUCCCUUCCCUCCGGAGAGUUUCGACCGGGUCCUGCUGGACGCCCCCUGCAGCGGACUGGGACAGAGACCCAACAUGUCCUGCACCUGGAGCCUGAAGGAGGUCUGCUCCUACCAGCCGCUGCAGCGCAAGUUGUUCCACGCUGCCGUGCGGUUGUUGAAGAAAGGCGGCGUUCUUGUGUACAGCACCUGCACAGUGACUCUGGCAGAGAAUGAGGAGCAGGUAGCCUGGGCCCUCCAUACCUUCCCCUGCCUCACGCUGCUGCCUCAGGAGCCUCACGUGGGUGCAGAGGGCAUGCUGGGAGCCGGCCUGUCACCUGAGCAGCUGCGACUCCUCCAGAGGUUCAGUCCUGAGCUGAGCUGGGAGCAGAGCGGAGAGGCAGCGCCCCCCCUCCCCUGCAGAGCCGACAGGGACACCAUCGGCUUCUUUAUUGCCAAGUUCCUGAAAAACUGACCGCGGGGCAUGUUUUCCUCUUACGGCACCUCACACGAGGCUGCAGACGGGAACAAUAGUGUUUAUAUUACAACAGUGUGUGUGCUUUGACGGGGCAGUGUUUACAGCAUCUGCCUCUUAACAGCUGCUCUCUCAAACUGUGGGCCAUAUAGGGAUAAGCUUUAUAAACACCGAGGGCAGGCAGGAGAGAGAGGAGAGA